GCCACACAGAGGGGGAGGGUGAAAAAAAAAGACGCGGGGCGAGAAAAAAGUCGACUUACCUGUAGCCCAACUUCUGGCAACACGCUUCACUCUAUUACCUGCUCCGACUUGAAAGUCCAGUUUCACCAGGAAGAACCGGAGAGGAAGCAAAAAUAUGUCACAGGAGACAGACAAUAAGCGUCUGGUGGUGGUGGUCCCCAACGAGAGCUCCUUCCCGGCCGUGCGGCGGGCGUACACCAGCGAGGAUGAGGCGUGGCGGUCGUACCUGGAGAACCCGCUGACCGCCGCCACCAAGGCCAUGAUGAGCAUCAACGGGGACGAGGACAGCGCCAACGCCCUGGGCCUGCUCUACGACUACUACAAGGUGCCCAAAGAAAAGAGACUUCUCUCCGUUCCCAAAGUUAUUGAAAUUACAGAGGAGCCGGAAAAGAGGUCUGCGUUGCCGAGCAACCCCAGCAUCCAGAACGAGGCGGAGAGAGUGGACAACCACGUCCAGAGAUUCGGCGGUAUGUGGGAGACUCGGGACGGAAAGGAGGAGACGCACACAAACAGACCCGACUACAAGGAGAGCUUCAACACCAUCGCCAACAUCGAGGAGAUAGCCUACAACGCCAUCUCCUUCACCUGGGACGUGAACGAAGAGGCCAAGAUCUUCAUCACAGUCAACUGCCUCAGCACGGACUUCUCCUCUCAGAAGGGGGUGAAGGGUCUCCCUCUGAUGAUCCAGAUCGACACCUACAGCUACAACAGCCGCAGAGACAAGCCGCUGCACCGGGCCUACUCCCAGAUCAAGGUCUUCUGUGACAAGGGAGCAGAGAGAAAAAUAAGGGACGAAGAAAGGAAAUUAUUCCGCAAGAAGUCGAAAGGGAAAGAUGGCAGUGUCGGGGUGAUAAGCGUUCCCAAAAAGUCCGACACCACCUACUUCAAGACCAUGACCGACCUGGACGUGCAGCCGGUCCUCUUCAUCCCGGACAUUCACUUCGGUAACCUGCAGAGGGCUGGACAGGUCUUUACCUUCCAAACAGAGGAGAUUGAGAGAGAGGGGAGCGUGUUGGUUAAGAGGAUGUUCAGGCCGUCUGAUGAAGAUCUGUGUCCGUCGCCUCACAAACAGAUCAAAGAGGAGACGCACAAGAAAGUGCUGCUGUACGUAAGAAAGGAGACGGAAGAGGUGUUCGACGCUCUGAUGCUGAAGUCUCCAACCCUCGUCGGCCUGAUGGACGCUAUAUCUGAGAAGUUCGGAGUCCCCGUGGAGAGGAUAGCCAAAGUGUACAAGAAGAGUAAAAAAGGGAUCCUGGUGAACAUGGACGACAACAUCGUGGAGCACUACUCCAACGAGGACUGCUUCAUCCUCAACAUCGAGGGCUACGGGGACGCCUACAAGAUCGUGCUGAUGGAGAUCUGA